AUGGACUCGCCCCGCUCGCCCGCAGUCGUCGCCUGCCAGCAGCACUCGGACGAGGUGCAGGUGUGCGAGAGUUGCCUGGGGAAAACCACCCUGACGGCCGAGAACGUGGUGGAGGCCAACAAGCUCUCCAAUAACUACAAGUUCGGCUUCAAGAAGUGGAAGAGCCACGUGACGGCCCGGCCCUGGGAGGACCGCUCGGAGAUCGUGAAGGAGCUCUACUCGGACCUGAACGUCGUCAGGAGUCCCGGAGGCUCCACGGUCACGUGCGGCAACGUCAUCUACCUGCUGCUCUGCCUGCUGCCGCUGGUGGUGGUGACGCUGGUGCUGGGCUACGUGGACGGGCACAACCGGCUGACGAGCUCGCCCGUGAAGUUCGCCCUGGCCCUGCUCUCCAUCAUGCCGCUCUCCUACUAUAUCGGCAUGGCCAUCGCCAGCAUCUCAGCGCAGAGCAACUUCGCGGUGGGCGCGGUGGUGCACGCCACCUUCGGCUCCAUCACGGAGCUCACCUUCUACAUCACGGCCCUCAUCAAGGGCGCCCGCGAGGGCAGCAAGUGCUACGAGGAGAUCGUCAAGGCAGCGCUGACGGGCACCCUGGUGGGCUGCGUCCUCCUCCUCUUCUCCAAGGUGUACGGGAAGCUGGUCUGCGGCGAGUGCCACAACGUCACCCAGAACCCGCUGGGGCGCUACCUCUGCCACAGCUGCCACUUCGACCUGAUGCACAGCAACGGCACGCUGUACUACAGCCACGUCCAGCCCCUGGUGUACACAGUGUCCCUGCUGCUCCCUGCCGCCUACCUCAUCGGCCUCUUCUUCACCCUGAAAACUCACUCGCACAUCUACGACAUCCACAUCAGUGACUGCCACAUGCCUGGCCACCACCACAGCGCUGUGGUCCACUGGUCUCGGUGGAGGGCACUGGUCAUCCUCCUGCUGUCCACCCUUUGCAUGUCAGCCUGCGCUGACCUGGCCACAGAGCACAUCAGCCCCAUCCUCACCAACUCCACCAUCUCCCAGUACUUCAUCGGGGUCACUGUGCUGGCCAUGGUGCCCGAGCUGCCCGAAAUUGUCAACGGCAUCCAGUUUGCUCUGCAGAACAACCUGAGCUUGAGCAUUGAGAUCGGGAACUGCAUUGCUGUCCAAGUGUGCAUGCUGCAGAUACCCAUCCUGGUGCUCUUCACCAUCUUCUAUCCCACCAACUUCACACUGGUCUUCAGUGACCUGCACGUCUAUGCCAGCAUGUUCAGUGUGGUUCUCAUGAACUACAUCUUCAUGGAUGGCAAGUGUGACUACUUCCAAGGCACCGUGCUGGUGAUGGUCUACUUCAUCCUCCUGGCUGUGUAUUUCUUCGCACCUUCACCCAGUGGCUGCUGAGGCCUGGACUCGGCUUUCUCCAACCCUCCCGCUGGGUCGGCGCCUUGCAGGGCGCAUCUCGUGUCUCAGGGACUUGGCUGGGCUGGCUCCAGUCUGGAAGAGUUGCUCGCGACGAGUCUGCCACUGUUGUCUCCUCCAGCUCCCGCGGUUGGGGGCGACCGGGACAUCAGUGCUGGGAAAGGUGGUGGCAACGGGAGCACUCCUGCCAGAGCACUUCACAGAGGUAUUUCCAGCACAUGUUGUGUGUGGAUGGAAGGAAAAUGGUCCUUACUGGAGGGUCUUGAAGGAGGUUUCCAUGUGGACUCGAGGACAGACCUUUCCCUGGGAAGUGUUGCACUGGGAGAAGGUGCCUGAGAAGAGCUUCUUGCCCUUCCAAGCUGAGGGUGAUCCCUGCUUCCCCAGGGCCUGAACCCAGGCCUGGAAGGGACUCUGGCCCAUGGGAUCACACAAGGCUUCUGGAUAGUACUAGAAAUGCACCAAAUGGUUUACUUUCAGCUGUUUUGUCAUUAAAGCAGUUUUGUACAAACUAGAAACAAGUUCACUUCUUGUAUGAGCCUUUAGUAGCCAGCUCCCCCUCUGUGUCUGCACUGCUAGCCGUGCUGGUGGCUGAGGGUUGCAGCAGGACCACACUAGGUAAGAAGCUCUCCAAACCCCUCAGGAUGGAGCAGGCCUGCCUGCUCUGGGCCACCGUGGGCCUCCUGGCUCCUAGUGAGGCUGGGAUGAGGCCCCUGGGUGCCCACCGGCAGGGUUAGUGAUGGUCUUGGUGGUGGGACAGCCAUUUGGUGCCCAUCAAGGCUGACUCCUGUAGAGCAGGAGGUGGGGAGCAGCAGUGGCUUGGUUGGAGCAGUGUCUCUAGGAGCAGAGCAGGGAAGACCUACCACCACUGCGCUGGGUGGCUGUGGGCUUGAGCCCUCCCCAUUACUGCCUGUGCCCCAGAGGAGGUGGGCUAGAGGGAAGGGCAGGCUGCAGGGGCAGCCGGAGUUGUGAACUCGCUUGUCCUCCCUUCCUGGCGCUCAGAGGUGGGGAGGAGAGAGCAGAAGUCGCUUAGUCUUCCUGCAGAACUAUGAGCUGUGACUCACGUGUGCGUCAGGUGUGGUUGCAUGCGCUACCACUGUGACUUUAUGGUGACGUGGGCCUUCCAUGCCUGGCCUCUCUGGGCUACUUUGGCCUCCCAUGCCAAAGUGAAACUGGGAGAGCUUGCUUUUUCCCCCUCAGUCUUAUCCUGGAAACCAUCUCAGAAUAGGGAUUUUAAUGCAGCCCUUCCACUUGAGCAGGUAAACCUGCAUGCAGGGAGCUUCUGCACCAUCUUGAUGUCUAGCUGGGUAAUCCCUAGACCCCCCUCCCUGCUCCUCCCAGAGGAAGCACUAAUGCUAAGUGUGUUGCCACAACCUAGGUGAGCAGUAGUCUAAGGCAGUGGCUGAAGGGUGGGAGGAAAUGCUGCAGGGAGGGGUGCCGUGAAGUACGGGCACCACCAGCUGCAGGACAGGCUCUGCGCCAACUCCUGGUCCUCCAGCACAGCCAGGCUGAGCUACCCCAGCCCCAGCAUUGUGGCUGGAGACACCAAAAUGGGCUCUGAGCUGUUUUCAUCACUGGUACAGUUCAGGCUUGCUGGGUAAGAAGUACAAAAGCCCUCAGUCUCCUCUUCGUCUUCCAGACACGCUGUGGUUAGAGGACAAAGUGGGUGAUCUGGAUGGAUUUAUUGGUCAGAGCAUUUAAAAAAAAAAAACCAAACCAAAAACCAAACAUAAAGCAGCAAAGAACACUGAUGGACACACAAAUACAGGCAAGUACAGCUCUUUGGCCCCCUUCUCCCUCCCCAGCUCCCCGGGGCCGAACCUCGUCACAAAAAGCGGGGCAGGAAACGAUGCUGACGCGUUACAACAUGCACACUGGACUCCAAAGGAGCGGAAACAGGAUGCGACUUCCAAACUAAAGUCAAGCAGACAGUGAGCAGCAGCCAGGCCCCCUCUCCUCUGCUGGGAGGAAGGAUAUCAGUUCAUUAAUAAGUAAAGACGUGGUCUUAGCAAGGUUUUUAGACUCUUCCCCCUGCUCCUUCCCUCUCCCAGUACAGCAGCAUUACAGAUGAUGCUAGUUUUCAUCCAGCUAUUUGGGAAUAUUCCUGUGCAAGCAUCAGGAGUUGGCCGAUGGCAGCAAGACAGACUCAACAGCACAGGGCACCAGAGAGAGAACUUUUAAAAGAAAAAAAAAAAUAUAUAUAUAUAUGGGGGGAUGGGGACAGAGCAAUGUGACAGCAGCUCUGCCUGUUCUCCUACAGCUCAUCUGAGGCUCAAUGGAAACCAUCUACUGUGGGCUGAACGGGUGUGGGGGAAAGCUGGGCUUUCCUCCAGCACCAGCACCAGUCUGGGUGCUUCAGGCAGAAGGGAGCUGGCAGCACCGUGAGGAAGAGGAGGGGUAGGGCCCAUGCUGCACUUCCCUUCGGCCCACCAGGGCCUGGUGCUGGUGGGCAGCAAGAUGAGUUGAGCAGUGCCUACAGGUGUCUGCAAGGAGGGGAGCAGGGUGCUCCCU